AUGUUAAUACGAGCAGUGUUAACACUGCUACUGGCAACCACCGCCACUGCACACAUCAAACUUGUCUACCCGCCGGCCAGAGCACCGGCUCUCGACUUCUACAGCUCAUCGAACAGUCAACCGCCAUGUGGAGUACCGAAACCAGCCGCUGGAGAGGGUGUCCGUACCUUCAUGAAAGCUGGAUCCACAAUUGAGAUGAGCUGGUUCGUCGCCGUGCCGCAUAUGGGAGGAAUCCGAUUGGAAGUGCUGAACUCGUCAGAUGAGCCAAUCGCCAUUUUCACCAAUUUCAAUGAUCCGUUUAAUGUCACUGAAACUACCAAAAAAGUGGAGCUCCCUCCGAACUUUGAAUGCAAGAAUUGCGCGAUCCGAAUGACGACUCAAGCCACCGAGUACGGCAACUCCUAUUUCUUCUUCUCCUGCGCAGAUAUCAACAUUGUGAAUGAUAUCCCAGACGGUGACACUUGUGUUGGAAAUGGCAAUCGGAUGAAUGGAAAAUGUCAAUGUUUCGAUGGAUUCUUCGGGGAGGAGUGCCAGUUUCAGGACGAAUGUAAGGAGGACGACGACUGUGGAGUACAGGGGUACUGUAGGCUCGGAGGGGAUGCGCCGAGGAGACAAUGCUUCUGUCCGACGAGUAGAUAUGGGAAGAAUUGUGAACUUGAAUCCGACAGUAUCCGCAGUGUAGCCGACUUUGACGAAUCACUCUACCAGAAGCGUGAGGACCAGGGCAACAAAAUCUAUUGGCGUCUGCUCAAGGACGAAAUCGAGUUUGUGCUCCGCUACCCCGGUCAGUCAUGGAUUGCUCUCGGAUGGAAGAGUCCGGAUGCCACGUGUGAAUUGACGGCCAAGGAUUUUGUGAAUAGGAAUGGAGGAUCUGCUUCUGGAGCCUCCACCACCACUACGUCAUCGACCAUCCCCUCUGUCAUCACCAACGCCACCAGCCAUGAGCAACUCGACUCGGGCGAGCAGGAGUGCGGCCCCAAUGAGCAAUGGUCGGAGUGUCCGGAGAGCUCUCGUGAAUGCGAGCACUCUUGCGACUGGACCCACUUCCCGGAGACCACACCGAACUGUCCGAACUCGUGUGGCACACCGAGAUGCAUCUGCAAGGAGGGAUUCGUCCGAAUGGCCAACGACCAGGAAGUUUGUGUACCCUUUGACUUCUGUGAUAAGACUGUCGAGAACGAGGAGACGUGUGCGGCCAAUUCGACUUGGGCAAAAUGUGGGACGGCUUGUGAGCCCACAUGCGCCAAUAUGUAUGAUACGGCACCGUGCCCUGCGAGUUGUGAAAAACCUGGAUGCACUUGUGCGGACAAUUAUGUUAGGCAUAACGGACAAUGCAUCUAUUGGGGUGAUUGUCCAGAGUUGAGGGAUGAGAAGACGACGACAAGGAAGAUAGAGGAGUCCUCCACGCAGAGUACACUCGAUAGAAAUGAGAUUAUUACGGUAUCAGCAUCUGAGACGACUACAAAGACUACACAAAAAACGAUUGUCACCGAAUGUAGUCUCAACGAGACAUUGAAUGAAUGCGGUCGAGUCUGUGAGGCGGAUUGUGUCUCCAUCUUCACCCGUUCGGAAUGCUCGGAUUGUGGCUCCGCUGCGUGCGCUUGCCUUCAAGGAUACGCCAGAAACCCGCAAGGACAAUGCGUCUAUUGGGGAGAUUGCCCGACUGAUGCGCAACCAACGACUCCAAAAUCGCUCUCCUCUCCAACCACCGCACUCCCCACCCAAACCGCUCCACCAAGUGUCAACGGUGAUGUGUGCUACGGUGACUUCCGCUAUCCGGCCGGUUGCUCGGACUGCGAGUACAAGUUGUCAUGGAACUAUAUGGAGGAUUCAGAUGAGAUCGAGUUCUCCCUAGAGACCCGGGUUCCGGAUAACUCGUGGACCGGUGUGGGAUUCAGUAAGGAUGGAACAAUGUUGGACGCUGAUAUGAUUAUUGUGUCGAGCCGGAAUGGAAAGAUUCAGCUGAAUGAUAUGCAGAGCAGAGGGUAUGACCAACCAGCAAUGGACGCCGUACAAAAUGUGAAGUCGAAUAGCGCCGCCCAUGCGAAUGGAGUGCUUCGUGCUCAAUUCAUCAGGAAAAUCAAUACCGGGGAUGCUACUGAUAAGCAAUUCGACAAUGGACAGUGCUGGAAGAUGUUGUAUCCUAUCGCAGGAGGGAAGUUGGACCAAUAUGGAAAUGUGUCGAUCCAUUUGAGCACUCCAUUGAGCUCGGAUAAAUCUGUUUGUAUAAGAAGUUGUGGGGAGAAGAAGUCAUCUGCACCAUCACCAGCCUCUCAAGCAUGCACCAACGAAUACCGUUUCCCUGAAUCCUGCUCUGGCCCUGAUUGCGACUACAUAGCAAAAUGGAACGCAUCCUCUGACGCUGUCACAUUCGAGAUCACCGCCAAAACUCCUGGACGAUGGACGGGUAUCGGAUUCUCAAGAGAUGGCCAGAUGACCAACGCCGACAUGUACACCGGAUGGUUCUACGACGGGAAGGCGUACAUCGUGGAUAGAUUCGCAUACGGUAGACAGUUGCCAGCAAUCGACCCAGCUGACAGACAAGACAUCUAUGAUAUGGGCGGACGAGUUGAGGAUGAUGUGCAGACGAUUUGGUUCACCAGGAAGCUUAUCUCGAAGGACACCAAAACAGACGUCUCUCUCGAUGAAUGUCACUAUUUCCUGUUCCCAGUUGGUGGCGGACGGGUGCUCGCUAGAAAGAGUUCGGACUUCACGAACCCGAAGACACCCAUCGGGUACCAUGACCAGGUGCAACCUCAGGUGUCGGCUACCAAGAUUUGUCUAUGUGAUCAGGGCACCGGCAAGAGGGUCUCUCAUGAGACAAAGGCUCCAAUCUCCCGAAGAGUUCGCCGAGCAGCUACACGAGUGACCACCAGCGCCAUGCACUGCGCGGAUAUGGUAGUGGGUAUGGUAGCCAAUGGACGUGCCAGAAUAAUGGAUAUGUACUCACCAUCAAAGGCGACACCGAUGGAGGACUCAUUCUUUGGCGGCGAGAACUCGCUGACAUCAGCCGCGGCGUUCCAGGAGGAUGGUGUGACUACGUUGGUGUUCCGGAAGAAGUUGGAAGCCGAGGAGCGAUGGGAUAACUCAUUUGUUAAUGGAGAGAUGACAGUGAUCUGGGCAAAGGGGGCGGACCCGAUGAAUUAUGUGCAUACGACUGGAGGGGCGGCGAUUAAAGCGGCUCCAGAAUUCUUUGCGAAUGCGAUGAAGUAUCACGGGAAGAAUGCGAGAGGUGUCAUGAAGAUUAAUUUCUUUGAGACUUCCCCAACUUCCUCUGAUUCUGAAUCAGCUGAAGUUAAGCCAAGCUCCCCCACUGUCCAUGGCAUGCAUUUGGAAUCCACGUGCGAGGGAUCGAUCCGCCACCCUGAAAACUGUGAAGCCGACCAAUGCCUCUACACAAUCUCCUGGAUCUCUGACGGCUCUGUCGCCCGGUUCUCAAUUCAUGGAGCCCUCCAAACCAGUCAAUGGACCGCCCUGGGAUUCUCCACUGAUGGAAACAUGGCCGCCGCCGACGCCGUGGUGAUUGGAAUCCAGAAUAACGCGGUGAUGGUCACCGAUCAGUUUAUGCCAAACUACGGGCGGCCCGUAGUCGAUGAGCAACAGGAUAUCUUCGAUGUGGAGACCACCUACGUCAACGGGUUCCUCACCGCCAACUUCUCCAGAGAACUACACAGCGAGGAUGAGAAUGACGUGGAUCUCCAGGAAUGCGUUUUCCUACUGUACUCUCCGUUCGGAGGCGUUAUUGAGAAGAACGGGGAGAUUCGGAAGCAUCAGGAGACACCGUUGAGGAGCAAGAGCAAGAUUUGUUUGAAUAAGUGCACGGAGCAGAAGGUGGCGCCAACGAAGACUGAGACAACUGCUGUUGAUACCACUACCACCACCGAGACCACGACUGUUCCAGUCACUACCACCAAGGCUACUACAGUACCCUCUGGAACCUCUGGACCAUCCCGCCCUGCUACCAAGGUCCUUAUGCCACCAAUGUCCACGAAACCAUCCUUCACUGUCUACGAACCUCAAACCCCUGCGAAACGACGCUACGGUCUCCGUGUCCGGAUUCUCAACCGCGAAUUCUCGGACGCUCUCAACGACCCGAAAACCGGAUUCUACCAAGACUUCACCAAGGAGGUCACCCAAUCGAUCGACGAGCUCCUCGCCAAGCGAUGGAAGGGAAUGCGUGUCUCCAAGAUCCUCGGAUACGAAAAAGGAUCCGUCAUCGCUGAAUUCGAAGUGGUCGCCAUCGACGACACCGCCAAACCGAUGGAGAUUAAAUCGAUGGUUGAGGAGAACGCGGUGCGCGGACCGAUCGGAGCGUUCUCCAUUGAGCCGUCUACUGUCAGAGUCACCGAGGUGGACACCACCACUGCACCGUCGGAAGAGGACAUCUUCAAGAAUAUGGGAAUGUGGAGGAACAUUUGCAUCAUUGCCGGCUGUGCCGUUCUAUCUUGCAUCGCGGUUUUCUGUAUUUGCUUCAUGUGUUGUACAAAGUGUCGCAAGAGGACUUAUACCGCCUAUCCAGUCGCCGACCAUCACAUGUCAUAUGCCAGUAGAGUUUUGGGUGAAAAAGGAGGAUUCGACAACGCCAUCUACCACCAACCACAACGAUACUACUCCCAGACUACUGUAGCCUCAACGAAGGUGACAAACGCCUCGGCUGCUCCAGGAGCCGGGGACCAAAAUGGAAAUAAUAUGGAAGGGCCACCGGGAGGAGUUGGGGAGACCACGUAUGCAGAGUGGUACUCGAAGGUCGGCUCCAAACCUGCGUCCCAACAACACGAAGAGGUGCCACCUCAACCAACCGUCCAAUCUCGUCCCCCCUCCACCACUCCAUACGUUUCGUAUCCAAAUGAUCCAACGGGAUACUACACGUUAGGCGGUCGCCACCGACAGAACUCCAGUUCGGGCGGCGGUUCCAAUAAUAAGUAUGCGACCAAGUAUUAA